CGUCAAGUGGUGAAGCCAUCAGCAAUCAUCGUUUUUGUAGCUGAAAGUCCCUACAUGUAGGCAAUAAGCAUGUUGCUGUGCAACUCAUCAGACUCUUCAAGAUCGCCCAGAUAAGAUAAAGUGGGCCGUCCUCUUCAACUUUGUGUUUAAACUAAAGUGUGUUGCUCUUGAACAUCACCUAAUCAUCUGUGUGGUUCUGGCCUGGCGACCACUUUUGCCACUUUGUUGUGAAUCUCGUGUUUGUAAAGGAAUAAAGAAAAGCCACACGAUUUUCUCGACCACUCGGAACAGCAGCAGGAACAGGUGCGAAAAGUGGUGAUUUAUAUCUUUGUUCUCUGCGGUUUUUUUUUUCUCGUCCUUCCCUUUCGAAAGCUGUCGGGCUGCUGGUGGAAUCAGGCAUCGAAAUUGACUUUGUGGUUUUGUGCGAUUUGGUGUUAUUUUUCAUUUCGCUGUUCCCGUUUUCCAGGAAUGGAAUUCUGACCACCGUUUUUUGAGGGGGUUUUUCAAACGGAAUCGAUAUUUUCCUACAGAUGGAUGGUCAUUUAGAAGUGUGAAGUACUUCAUCACUAGUUUGAGGCUGUAAGAGUUACAUCAGUGCUGAGCUGUGGAUUAUUUUUUUAUCUGUUCAUGUAGAGCUUUCCUCACUUCAAGUCGGCUCAAAGGACCAGAUUUCGACAGACCGCGGAUCCUGCCCGUCAUCAUUCAGGGGAAAUUAGCCUCAUAAUGAUGCAAAAAUGUCAAUUAUACUAGCAAUCGUAUUCGUGGGAUUUCUGGAAGCUGGUCUCUCACAAUAUCUGACCAAUACAGUGCACAAAACUCCGGCCGCGGCCGAGAAAGCAAACGAUCUGUACUGUUACAACUGUAAUGCCACUGAGGAUGGAGAAUCCUGCAUCGAACUGUCCGGGAACAAUGCUUCCUUCGUCAAAAAGUGCUUCGCCGAUGAAUUUAUUUGUAUGGUCAAACAAUUCUCGUACACGACGCACGCGAGCAACUCGAACGUGACGGAACCGAAGCUGUGGUCCCUGGAGCGCAAAUGCGUCAGCACCUGCGAGCCGGGCUGCAUCGUGAUCGGAGAGCGGACCAAGCUGUACGCCUGCAUCAGCUGCUGUACCGAUUUGCUGUGCAACGUGGGGAAGGCCGGCUCGGCCGGGCUCCGAUUUCCCUAUGGGUACAGCCUCCGGAAAGUGCUUCCCCAGCUGCUCGGGCGGCUGGUGCCGAUCGCCGGCUUACUCCUAAUCGGACGAUUCAACGUUCAACGAUAGAUCUUGUGCUAUUUUUCUUGUCCUCGAUAGCGUACACUAAAAGUUCAAAGUUAGGCAGAAUAAGAAACGAUUGAAGAGAGAAAAAAACAAGGUUUAUUUUAAGCAAAUUACCUGCAGCUUUAGGAAUUUUAACCAUCAUUCUAUAAUAGAAUCGAUCUAAAAACCACUCACAAGUGACAGGGUGAUGCCAAUUUUGAUGGUCGAUUUGAAUUUUUAUUCUCUUACAUUUUUGAAAAGUUUUACUUUUUCGAGUGCCAAAAAUCUUAGUUGAAGCUUGAGAAAAAACUGUAUUUUUUAUCUUGCUUUGUGAUAUGUUUUGCUAUACAUCUUGCUUAUCAUGAAAAACUUUAAAAUACUCAAAUGAUCCUUAUUUUUUUACUCACACACAGCUACUCCCAAUAAUGUAAAAAAUAAUCUUACUUCGAUCUCGUAGGUUAACGCCAAAUUUAUUCAUCAUUGAGAAGUUUUCUUAAACUCUAGUGAUCAAGAAAAAAGAAAUACUUUUAAGACAAAACAAAAAUCCAACAGAAAUCUUUUCCGAUAAUGAUAAAAAUAAUUCUUCCACUUGCUAAAAACUCAUUCGUUUAUUAUUCUGAUGAAAAAAAAUCCAAUGUAGAUAGAGACAGUUUUGCUUUUUCGAU